AUGAUUACCAAGUGGGGGAGCGAGGAGGAGGAGGAGGAGGAGGAAAAGGAGGAGGAGGAGGAGGAGGAGGAGGAGGAGGAGGAGGAGGAGGAGGAGGAGGAGGAGGAGGAGGAGGAGGAUUACGAGGAGGAGGAGGAGGAUUACGAGGAGGAGGAGGAGGAUGAGGAGGAUGAGGAGGAUGAGGAUUACGACGAGGAGGAGGAGGAUGAGGAGGAUGAGGAGGAGGAGGAGGAUGAGGAUUACGAGGAGGAUGACGAGGACGAAGAUUACGAGGAGGAUGAGGAGGACGAAGAUUACGAGGAGGAUGAGAUGGAGGGUGAGAGACCAGGGGAGGAGGAGGAGCAGGGGGAGCAGGGGGAGCAGGGGGAGCAGGGGGAGCAGGGGGAGGAGGAGGAGCAGGGGGAGCAGGGGGAGCAGGGGGAGCAGGGGAAGGAGGAGGAGCAGGGGGAGCAGGGGGAGCAGGGGGAGCAGGGGGAGGAGGAGGAGCAGGGGGAGCAGGUGGAGGAGGAGGAGGUCGAGCAGCAGCAGGCCGCGAGUUGUCAACUACAGGAAGAUUGCCCUAGUGAUGUUCAAACCUACACGUUAACGGCAAUGAAGGAACGUAAAAUUCCUCGAGCAGCAGUCCCUGCUUUUGAGGCAGGGGAAGAGGGUCGGGAGGUGGUUAGGGAGGGAGCGGGCACAAGGGUGGAAGGAAUGGGGGUGGCUGAGGAGGGUGGUGGCGGUGGUGGAGUUGAUUUAGUGGAUGGCAAGUGCAGAAAAAAGGGUGGAGGGAGGGACGGUGGCAGCCCGAAAGGGGAUGGUGACGGUGCUGCGAGCAAGUUUUCGGAGUCGGUGCGGUCGAACGCGACGGCGGCGCUGUUUGCGAUUGCCACAUGUGAUGAUGAUGACAAGGAGGAUGAGGAUGGGAGGCGGAGGAGGAGCAGCAGGUACCGGAACAAGAUUCUCCGAUGCGGCGGCAUCCCUCCGCUGCUCAAGCUGCUCAACUUGGAAGCGGCUCGGUGCCGGAAAGACGCGGCUCUCGCCCUCUUUGCCCUCUCAGACGACCCGGACUGUGCCGAUGAGAUAAUCCGAGAGGGCGGGGUUAGCGUGCUGGUGGAUUCUCUGUCAGACAAACGGCCGGGGGUGGAAGAGAAGGCCAUGGCUGUGUUGGCGAAUCUGGUUAAGUCUAAAGAGGUACAGGCGGCUUUGCUAGAGGUGGAGGGGACGCUGGUGAUGCUGGAUGUCCUGGAGAGUGAGUCGGAGCGUGCGCUGGAAGAGGCGCUGUUUGCACUGUACCAUCUGAUUACCACCGGAGUGGUUACGCCUGCGUUUCUGCUGAAUGACGGGGCGUUGUUUCCGGUGGCGAAGAUGGCUGCGAAGAAAGGGUCGCCGCCUGAAGCUCUAGAGCUGCAUAAGAUUUUCACAUCGGCAAGGAAGAGUGUGGCUACUUGA